ACUUUUGGCUUGUGUUUCUCUAAAACUCGAAAUAUUUCACCAAUACUUUUAUUAGUAUUAACAAGUUUUGAAAUUUACUUUUAAUCAAAAUGGCUGGAAAUAUGACAGGAAUACUCUCCAAAACUAGGCUUUCCUUUUGUCUCAUUACCAGGAGAGGGUAUGGUGCAGCAGUAUCACAAGCAGAAACAGAGUCUACAAAAAGGACUUUAAAGAGUAAAGGAAAACAAGAGGAAGAGAGGGCAACUUCAGAGUCAUCAUCAUGGGUACCAGACCCGGUCACUGGAUAUUACAAGCCUUCGGGUCAGACUAAUGGGCCUUCGGGUCAGAUUAGUGGGCCUACAGGCCCAAAACAAGAAGAGUAAACAAUGGAUGAUACAACAAUCCAAAAGAAAAUUAUUGCUUAUUAAUAAUAAUGAAAGAAGAAAGUGGUUGGCAAUGGCCCUUUUGUCUAAUAGUAUUGAUUAUGUGUUUAUAUCAAAUCCAAAUAUUUAUAUAUAUGUUUAGUAUGUAAAAGAUGGAAGGUGAGCCUUGGAGUAACGGUCAAUUUAUCUCCGUGUAAUCUAUAAGUUACGGGUUUGAGCGGUGGAAUCAGCCACUGAUGCUCGCAUUAGGGUAGGCUGCCUACAUCACACCCCAUUAGGAUGUUGCCCUUUUCCGGACCCUGCAUGAACGCGAAAUGCUUUGUGCACCGAGCUGCUCUCGUUAGUAUGUAAAGAUUGAUAAUUGUCACUUAGUCACCUUCAGAUGCGUUUGGUUUUGUUAUGUUUUGUUUUUGCCAUUUUAUUUUUAAUUGGUGAAUCGGAUUUGAUUUUCAGACAA